UACUGCGUGAUGACUUUAGACAGAACCCAGCGGAUGUGAUGGUGGCGGCGGGUGAACCUGCUGUACUGGAGUGCCAACCCCCCCGUGGGCAUCCUGAGCCCACCAUCUCAUGGAGGAAAGACGGUACCAACAUCAAUGACAGGGAUGAGCGCAUCACGGUAAGACACAAGCUCUGUUAACCUCGGAGCACACUCUCUGUACAGAGCAUACACUGCACUGUGGUGGGCCUGCACAUCACACCUGCACACACACACACACACACACACACACACACACACACACACACACACACACACACACACACACACACACACACACACACACACACACACACACACACACACACACACACACACACACACACACACACACACACAGAUACACACACACAAACACGGCCCACUGCUUGCUGGCAGAGCACCAGGAAGAUCAAAGUGUUUCUGUUGGCAGACGUGUGGCAUAAUGAAGAGAAACAAGUGCAUCAUCUAUUUGACAAACAUAAUGAAAUCAUAUUGCACUGUGGUUUGGCCAAUCAAUGUCUAUUUGGAAGAAAGGCUAUCUGGGGAAGCGUGAAAAGGAAUCAGGGGAGGGUGUGUGUGUAUGCAAACAUGUUUGUUUGUUUGUUUGUCUGUAUACGCUCUAGGGGACUUGUUAGUUGGGAUCCAAGGCUCAUCCUCUUCCGGAUUGACAGUUAGUCUAUCUCUGAGGGAAUGCGAUGGACAGAGCUGCUCUCCUCCGCACUGACAAGAGGGAGGUGGAGGAGGGAGGGAAGGCCUUGUGAAGGAAAUAGAAAGGCUGCGUUGGCUUUCUACUUCCGUCUUUUCUCCUGAGUUACGUCCAGGAUAUCAUGUGGACCAACACCCAUCUACCUACAGUAUAUAAAAUAAUAUACAAAGUAAAAGUAAAGUAAGGUCUUGUAGUGAAGUCAGGGCAGACAUGUUGGCCCCUGUCCCUAUGGCGUCUGUGGUUUUCCCUGGUGUACUGGCUCAGAGUGUAAACAGAAGGCCAGCUUGGUUUCUGCCUCAUAGCUAUAGCUCGGCUCAUUGGACUAAUGGGCCUGCAGAUAAGACUGUUUCCUAAUGAGUCCUCAUGCCCUGUAAACAAUGCAGCGCUGGUGAUGGAGUGUUGUGUUUGUGCUCUGUUUCUAACACAACAUCCACUCCCAAAUCUGUUGUUGUUUCUUAAACCACGGCGAGUUCUGGGGGUCUGCUGUGGGACUUGGUGCUGCGGGCAUGAACGCAUUUUGUGACCAAACUUGAAUUAAUGGGGUAAAGGACGUUUGGGGGAAGGUUUUGAGUGGGUGGGCACUGGACAAGUGGCCAGUGGUGCAGAGCAAUGCAUCAACAGGAGUACUUCUAGACAGAGUACUAUACUGUAGCAUCAUCAUAUAACACCCUAUAUUGACUGUAGUGGGGUCAGGUUGGGGGUGAUGUGGCUAUCAGCUCUCCAUCCUCACGGCUGUGUGGUGUAGUGUGGUGUAGUGUAGCACACAUAACAGAGGAACUGCAUGGAACACAUUAACACAGUCCAAACACACACCACCACCACCGUUAUGGAAUGGAGGGAACAGAUGGGGAGGCAGAUGCAUGAAGGAGAGGGGUAAAACAGAGGGUAACGCAGGAAAGGAAGGAAGAGAGCAAGAGAGAGGGAGAGGAGAAAGGUGGAGGACAGGAGUGAUGUAUUUGCUGGUGUUGUUGUGGGUCUGAUGUUGAGAGAGAGAGAGAGGGAGAGAGAGGGAGAGAGAGAGAGAGAGAGAGAGAGACAGAGAGAGACAGAGAGAGACAGAGGGAAUGAGAGAGAUGUGACAGGAGGACAUCUGAGGAGAAGCUCUUCAAAGGACCCUUGUUUCUUUGUUCUCAGGCCUCUCCUCUAGACUGGUACUGCAGCUCCAGAUGUGUCCUCAUGGCCUCACCCUCACCCUGUCCCCCUCUGUACUGUAUCACCCACUCUGGGUCUGUGCUCUGAAGUUGCUACACACAGACAGAAUGCACAUCCACAAAGACACAAGGAUUUCCCACAUAUUGUCACCCAAAGGUGGACUUAUAAAAGCUUGCACACAUCACACCGAAUGUGGAUCUAGCGUUCAUCUGCCGAUCGUUCAGUGUGCUGUGUUUUAGGGACCACCCUCUGUAGUGGUCUGACUGCCGACAUUUUUAACCAUUUGUACAUGUAAAAUCGAAGCGCAUUCGGUUUGCAAAUUACAUUCAGAGGUGCUAAGGACUCUCAGCCAGCAACCGCUGUUGUUGUGUCUGAACCCUGACGGUGCUGUGUGUGUUAUGAGUGGCUGAGUUGCAGGCUGUUAAUGUGACACACAUGCACGUGUGGGCACAUGCAGGCACAAACUCACACACUCAAACACUCACACUGAAUGUAUCACACUCCUCUGGCCUUUGCCCCCUGUUAAAUGCAGGGUAAUGUGAUGACGAUUCUAAAGUGGCCAGCACCACAGGGGGUGUAACAUGAAACAGGUCCUGGCCCAGCCACCUCUGAGACCUCUGGGAUUUAAAACCUGGUCGCUGCCCUCUCCCCUGCUCUUCCCUCCCCUCCUCUCCCCUGCUCUCCCCUGCUCUCCCCUCCCCUCCCCUCCUCUCACCUGCUCUACCCUCCCCUCCUCUCCCCUGCUCUUCCCUCACCUCCUCUCCCCUGCUCUCCCCUCCCCUGCUCUCCCACUCCUCUCCCCCUCCUCUCCACUCCUCAACCCCUCCUCUCCCCUCCUCUCCCCCUCCUCCCCUCCCCUCCCCCUCCUCCCCUCCUCUCCCCUCCUAUCCCCCUCCUCCUCUCCUCUCCCUUCCUCUCCCCCUCCUCCCUCUCCUCACCCCUUCCUCCCCCUCCUCACCCCCUCCUCCCUCUCCCGUCCCAUUCUCUCCACUCCCACUCCUCUCCUCCUCCUCUCCCUGUGUAUUACAUUAUUGCUUUUAUGGCCUGGGAGAAUGUGUCAGUGUGGAGAGGGAAGGUCAGCCUCCUCUCAGCAUGUUUCAGGUAUUGUGAGGGCGAGAGGGGCAAGGGGGACAAGAGGGGGUGAGGAGCAUGAGGAGGGUUAGUAGUGGUGUAUGAGAUGGAGAAGGGGGGGUGGGGGGGGGGGGGUUAGAUUAGCUGUGACUGCUUGGCUGGUCUUCCCAGCAUGGUUUACACACGUGAAGUUGAUUCCUCUCCACUCACUAACCAACGUCACUCUACACUGCACUUUACCACUGGGAAACAAGAGGCAGGGACUAUAGAAAGGUUUUCCUUCAACCAAGCUCACCUGAGUGUUUGAAUAGUAAUCCCCAUUUCAAUACAUUUGAAUGUUAGUUGAACAUUUCCGAUGCAUGAUUUGGCUUUGACUUAUCAGUUAUGUUUGCAGAAACCCUGAUUCCAAAUUUUCUGCACGGAGGUUCUUCUUUGAAACUAGCAUAAUUCUCCAACCCAACCAUCCAGAGUUAUUUCCCGCUACAAUGAUCCUGUUGCAUGGCACAGUACAGGAUCUCUAGGCUGGUGCUGUAGCAGUGUUCUCUGAGGCCUGAGGGAUUGUGGGCUCACUGCUUCCUCUGUCAGCGGAAUAAACUUGUCAGGCACUGUCCUCCCUGCCACGUAGCCAGUCAGCCGGGGCAGCUGGGAACGCACACUGUUUACUUUAAGCUUCUGCCUUAAACCUACCAGAUCUUUGUCUGGGCUCUAUAGCAGUGGUCACCAACUGGUCGAUCGCGAUCUCCAAGUUAUUCGUAGUUGAUCACCAAACAUUUCUGUAAAAAACAACAACGAUAAAGCCUUUGCGUUCCUACUUUUUUCGUUCGGUAGGUACACUUGAUUCAGCAGCCUUAGCACCGGGAAGGCAAAGUGUUCCAAUUUUGAACCAUUUCAUGUGUCUUAUUGUAGAACUCUGCAUACCUGGCAGGCCCAGAGAGCAAAUCAAGUGCACCUAUAGGUCUACCGCUGGCCAAUCAGAUAGCUCAGAUCACCCUGUCUGCACAGUUUCCUCAAGACAUAGACUAUAAAAAGAAGCCUCAAGCACACAACAAAGUUGAUGCUGUGAGAUUUCAAAACUUUUAAAACCAUGACUAGAGAAUGACUCAAUGAAUACAGCAAAGAGCUGCUGUUUUUAUAAGUAAGUUAAUGUUUAAGUUCAGCACUGUCAACAGUUUCUUCAACACUUUUAUAAGCUAUAAAAUGCACAUUCUCCCUACUUCCACUCACGCUACAAACAGCACUGCAGCUGCAAUGAAUGAGUAUAGCAAAGUGUUUCGAUAGGCUUGCGUUGUUAUUAUUAGCGGCUUGUGUCUUUUGUAAUAUUUAGGAAUAUAUCACGUUCUCUGGUCAUAACAGUAACAUCAUGAUUUGGUGCGUGAGGCAGAAAUAAUGCAGUGCGACUUGAGUUUCGCCUUCAGCUGGAAGACUCUGGGAUGGAGAGAGUAGGGACGGAGAGUCGGGUGAGAGGCAGCCUCACCGCUGCUCCCUCCCUCCCCUCAGACUGACCAUCAGAUACAGGCCAUCAGUCCAGUAAAAUAAAAAAAGCAAAUGAUCAUGCUCACUCAGCUGUGCCUCACAAGUAAUACAACAAAGUAUCUAUUACCAGUGUGAUCAUAUACCUACAAUUCUGAUAUAUAAUUUCUAAUUGGUCUGAGAACAACAACAACAUUGCAAUUCAAGCAUAGCCAAUAUGCAGUGAUAAUGCGUUGGGCCUAUAGUCUACUGCACGAACGUCAUUGCUACAGAACUGUUUUAAAUAGGUUAAUGUUGCAUAGACUUAUGUUUUUUAAGUCAUAUAAAAAUAAAUAAAAAUCUGAGCAGUAGAUCUCGGCUGCUUUUGGACUUGCUUUUUGCUUUUGAUCUUGACUCAGAAAAGGUUGGUGACCACUGCUCACAUGCGCCGAAUACAACAGGUGUAGACCUUACCGUGAAAUGCUUACUUACAAGCCCUUAACCAACAAUGCAGAGUUAAGUUUUUUUAAGUAAGUAAGAAAAUAUUUGCAAAAAAAAGUUUAAAAAAAUACAAUAAAAAAAACAUGUAAAUAUAAAGUAACACAAUUAAAUAACAAUAACGAGGCUAUAUACAGUGGGGAGAACAAGUAUUUGAUACACUGACGAUUUUGCAGGUUUUCCUACUUACAAAGCAUGUAGAGGUCUGUAAUUUUUAUCAUAGGUACACUUCAGCUGUGAGUGACGGAAUCUAAAACAAAAAUCCAGAAAAUCACAUUGUAUGAUUUUUAAGUAAUUAAUUUGCAUUUUAUUGCAUGACAUAAGUAUUUGAUACAUCAGAAAAGCAGAACUUAAUAUUUGGUAGAGAAACCUUUGUUUGCAAUUACAGAGAUCAUACGUUUCCUGUAGGUCUUGACCAGGUUUGCACACACUGCAGCAGGGAUUUUGGCCCACUCCUCCAUACAGACCUUCUCCAGAUCCUUCAGGUUUCGGGGCUGUCGCUGGGCAAUACGGACUUUCAGCUCCCUCCAAAAAUGUUCUAUUGGGUUCAGGUCUGGAGACUGGCUAGGCCACUCCAGGACCUUGAGCUGCUUCUUACGGAGCCACUCCUUAGUUGCCCUGGCUGUGUGUUUCGGGUCGUUGUCAUGCUGGAAGACCCAGCCACGACCCAUCUUCAAUGCUCUUACUGAGGGAAGGAGGUUGUUGGCCAAGAUCUCGCGAUACAUGGCCCCAUCCAUCCUCCCCUCAAUACGGUGCAGUCGUCCUGUCCCCAUUUGCAGAAAAGCAUCCCCAAAGAAUGAUGUUUCCACCUCCAUGCUUCACAGUUGGGAUGGUGUUCUUGGGGUUGUACUCAUCCUUCUUCUUCCUCCAAACACGGCGAGUGGAGUUUAGACCAAAAAGCUCUAUUUUUGUCUCAUCAGACCACUUGACCUUCUCCCAUUCCUCCUCUGGAUCAUCCAGAUGGUCAUUGGCAAACUUCAGACGGGCCUGGACAUGCGCUGGCUUGAGCAGGGGGACCUUGCGUGCGCUGCAGGAUUUUAAUCCAUGACGGCGUAGUGUGUUACUAAUGGUUCUCUUUGAGACUGUGGUCCCAGCUCUCUUCAGGUCAUUGACCAGGUCCUGCCGUGUAGUUCUGGGCUGAUCCCUCACCUUCCUCAUGAUCAUUGAUGCCCCACGAGGUGAGAUCUUGCAUGGAGCCCCAGACCGAGGGUGAUUGACCGUCAUCUUGAACUUCUUCCAUUUUCUAAUAAUUGCGCCAACAGUUGUUGCCUUCUCACCAAGCUGCUUGCCUAUUGUCCUGUAGCCCAUCCCAGCCUUGUGCAGAUCUACAAUUUUAUCCCUGAUGUCCUUACACAGCUCUCUGGUCUUGGCCAUUGUGGAGAGGUUGGAGUCUGUUUGAUUGUGUGGACAGGUGUCUUUUAUACAGGUAACGAGUUCAAACAGGUGCAGUUAAUACAGGUAAUGAGUGGAGAACAGGAGGGCUUCUUAAAGAAAAACUAACAGGUCUGUGAGAGCCGGAAUUCUUACUGGUUGGUAGGUGAUCAAAUACUUAUGUCAUGCAAUAAAAUGCAAAUUAUUUACUUAAAAAUCAUACAAUGUGAUUUUCUGGAUUUUUGUUUUAGAUUCCGUCUCUCACAGUUGAAGUGUACCUAUGAUAAAAAUUACAGACCUCUACAUGCUUUGUAAGUAGGAAAACCUGCAAAAUUGGCAGUGUAUCAAAUACUUGUUCUCCCUACUGUACAGGGGGUACCGGUACCAAGUCAAUGUGCUAGGGUACAGGUUAGUCAAGGUAAUUGAGGUACAUGUAGGUGGGGUUAAAAUGACUAUGCAUAGAUAAUAAACAGCGAGUAGCAGCAGCGUAAAAAAGGGGGUCAAUGCAAAUAGUUCGGGUAGCCAUUUGAUUAACUGUUUAGCAGUCUUAUGGCUUGGGGGUAGAAGCUGUCCUAGAUUUAGUGCCUUCUAAACCGCAAAUAAUUUCACCAAAUCGCUUUUUGGGAGCCUUUCAAAGCAUAAUUUGCCAUAUUCAGUGUGGUGUUAUUUAUAUUUGGUUUAUAUAUAUAUCUAGUUACAGAUAUGACCUUAGAACUUCUACUUUUUUCCCUCCAUCUGUCAGAUCCGCAGUGGGAAGCUGAUGAUCACCAACGCCAGGAAGAGUGACGCAGGGAAAUACAUUUGUGUGGGGACCAACAUGGUGGGAGAGAGGGAGAGUGAGAUUGCAGAACUGACUGUACUAGGUAAGACCAUGUCUGUCUGUCUGUAUGCUUUUCUGUUGGUCUGUCCCUCUAGUGGAGUCUGUUUCCCUCUCCCUCCUCUCAGCCCCAUUCAGUCAGUCUUAGUUGUGUCAGUGACGGUCAAAGAGUCUGCCUUUCCCCUGGGUAAAGGCUUUUCUCCCUGGCACAUAAUCCAAUAAUGAAACAGGUUACAUAACAAUGGCCCCCAGCCCUGCAGCUGUGAAGGCAUUUAUCCUAGAAUCCUAAACUCAGGGUGACCCUGUCUUCCCACCGUGACCCCUGCCACCCCCCAGCUGUCCUGGACCAGGUUGUACCCACACUCUCACCCCCCCACUCUCACUCGUUCUUCCUGCUGCCAAGUGUCCCAGACCACUGACCCCUAGCCUGGUUCCCCUCUCCACCCCCACCUCCACCCUAUGCUGUCCCCCUCUCCACCCCCAUCCCACCCCCUCUCCAAACACUUCCCAAGUGAGCAGACUGAGACAUCUUAUCACAGGAACGGCUAGGCUGGGCUGGGCGACUGGCCAGGGCACACCACUCACAUUUAUAAUGCCUAGUAAAAACAUUUAGGGCUAAUAGAAUAAUACUGCGUAUUGAAGAAACAGAUCUGUUUUAAAAUGUACCCUGGGACCAAUGUGCAUAAAAUGGCCCUAGUUUUAACAAGCCCUUAUAGUUUUAAGUGUAUUUAAAUUGUUUUCAUUCACGUAAAUGAAUGUUUUUUAAUGAAAAUAUAAUUAAUUUUGGAACUACUUAUCCCAGUGAUGUAUAAAAAUAAGAGGGUGAAACACAGGGAAAUGUGGGUGUGGUACAUCCAUCCCAUGGAGAGAGGAUUACAGGGGGCUAAUGGUAUUCAGAGGUCUCAUUUUUAGGUGCUUAUCUAAUAGCUUUAUAUUAGCUUGAUUUUGCAAGGGCUAGGGUUGGAGAUCACACAACUUUGAACUUUAAACACAUCAUGAUGAUGAUAAUGAUCUCCCCCUUCCCCAGAGCGCCCAGGGUUUGUGAAGAGGCCCAGUAGUAUUAUGGUGCUGGCAGAUGAGAGUGUGGAGUUCAACUGUGAGGCGCGGGGAGAUCCGGUCCCCACUGUCCGCUGGAGGAAAGAGGAUGCAGACCUGCCCAAGGGGAGGUAUGGAUGGAUGGCCCAGCAGUACUAUACAGCCUUUAUAUUACCCUGUUACACAUCAUAGAUAUAUACUCUGAUCUAAAUUCAUAUGCACACGCAGGCUCACAUCUGGUCAUGGAAUUAGAUGCGUGGUAUAUUACAGUGUGCAUGCAUGUCAUGUCUGUCUCUCUCUUUAUAUGUCCCUGAACCUUUCUCUCACUCUGUGUGUGUAUGUGUCUGUCUGUCUACAGGUAUGAGAUCCUAGAGGAUCACACCCUGAGCGUGCGUGGUGUAAGACUGUCAGACGAGGGCUCCUACACGUGUGUUGUAGAGAACAUGGUGGGAAAGGCUGAGGCGUCCGCUACGCUGACCGUACACGGUCAGUACAACCUCCACCGACCGUAACCCUAACCCCAACCCUAACCCUUACCCAAGUCACACCUGCUGUUUGACAUGAAAGUGCACAGACUAUGCAAAGUGCAGACUGGGUUUAUGCUGUGCAGCUGUUGCUCUCACAUUCAUGAAACGUUAGAGAAAGUGUGAAGGAGAAGACAGCUGUUCUCAUAUCUUACCUAACCCUGUCUAGCCACACCACAGAGUGUCACACCACUGAUCUCUGGCCUGCCCUGUUUUCUUUAGCAUGGAUCAUUCUACAUUCAUGUGUCAAGUCAAGCAGUUCCCAUGGUAACCGACUGAGUUGGGUUAUCAGUUAAAUGUGAGGUCAUGUAUUUACUUGGCUUGAGUUCAUAUCCGUGGUCCUCUGUAGCUCAGCUGGUAGAGCACGGCGCUUGUAACGCCAAGGUAGUGGAUUCGAUCCCCGGGACCACCCAUACACAAAAAAAAUGUAUGCACGCAUGACUGUAAGUCGCUUUGGAUAAAAGCGUCUGCUAAAUUGCAUAUUAUUAUAUUAUUAUAUCAGUUCUGCAGCAAUCAACACUCUACUAGCCGUGUUCCCUACUCAUACAGCCCAUUGCCAGUAUAACCAUGACUGGAUCAGUGUAACAGUUCUGAAUAGGUGCCCCAAUGGGAAUGUUGAUGAGGCACCAGGGACUGACAGCAGGAAAUGAGCAGUAACACCCCACUAUUCACACACACACGAGUACACACGCACGCACAUACACACACACACACACACACACACACAGUGGCCCAGUGACACAGAGCAAGAGAGAGAUAGACAGACAGUGAGGAGGAGCAGGGCUUAAUUAAAGACAAGCCUGGGUCCCAUGCAGGGAAAUUACAUGGUUCCAAUUACACAGUCUACUCUACACCAAACCUGCCUCUCUGCCUGCCUGCCUGCCUGCCUGGGAAAAGAGGGGGACCAGGGUCUAAUUUAGGGUCUGAACAGAGGAGAAGAAGCACAGAUAGCAGAUGAGUACAGAUCGUCUUAAUUGGAGGUAAGGGUGUAGACGUCUAUACUGUGUAGCUACUUUUCUCUCUCUCUGUCUCUCUCUAUCUUUCUCUGUCUCUCUCUCUCUCUCUCUCUCUCUCUCUCUCUCUCUCUCUCUCUCUCUCUCUCUCUCUCUCUCUCUCUCUCUGUCUCUGUCUGUCUGUCUGUCUGUCUGUCUGUCUGUCUGUCUGUCUGUCUGUCUGUCUGUCUGUCUGUCUGUCUGUCUGUCUGUCUGUCUGUCUGUCUCUGUCUCUCUCUCGCUCUCUCUUGUUCUCUCUCUCUCUCUCUCUCUCUCUCUCUUUCUCGCCUCCUCUCCCUCCUUCCUGUUCCAACCAGCAGUGGAGAGAGAUGGAAGAGGAGAGAGGGAUGGGGAGGGAGGGAGGGAGGGAGGAUGGGGAGAACAAAUCUCCCCUGAAGGAAAUGAGACAUAACAACAGCACUGUCUGACAAACACAUUAUCUCAUCUGGAGAGAUACUUGAGGGUUCAGAUCACCAACAUAAUGGUGAGAGAGAGAGUUUGACAUUGAUAUUACAAUAAUUUGUAUUACCCCCUCCUUUCAAACAAUAUAUUUUCAGUGUAUCACAAGUCAUAGUUUCUGACUAGCGAGAUACACUAGUAUUCAUUGUUAAACAAGUACCAGAAUAAGCCCACGGUAGUAAUUUGUACUGCCUUUUUUCUCUGUUGACUGACAGAAAUGAAACAAAGCUCCAUGGUUUCUCUGUUUUCUGCCCCAAACACAAACAGUCUAGUGUGCUUGCUGUGUUUGAACAUAUCCACAGGGCAGGCAUGAGAUUAAGGGUUUGUUUCCUCUAUACACAGUCUGGCCAUGUGAUUGGUGGAGCCAGGCCAUAUUAUCAGUAGUGAAAAUCUAAGUAUAUUGGAUCCCCACUCCAGUCGAGCUGCUUUCAAAUCCAAAAACAAGGCUUGCACACAGGGUUUCCUCCAAGGCUAAGCUGUUAGUUUUUUUGUAACUUUUUUGUUUAGUUUAUUUAUUUUGAUUUAUUUAGCAUAUUUUCCAUCACCUAACACUUUUACUGAGGUCGUUCAUCACACUUUAACUAGUGCCAACACUCCAGAUCACCUUGUAGCAUUUGAAAGUAAUUGGCACAGUAUUAUCUGGAUUCCUGUAUUUCCUCCUCAAAGUCAAGUCUUCAUUUCUCACCCUUUUCUGUUCUUACUAUGGCCAUUCCCCCUGCCUCAUUCAUUCACCCCCUUCUCUUUCCCCCUCUCUCUCUCUCUCUCUCUCUCUCUCUCUCUCUCUCUCUCUCUCUCUCUCUAUCUCUCUCUCUCUCUCUCUCUCUCUCUCUCUCUCUCUAGCCAUGCAUAUCACUGUUUAUCUCCUUUAUAGGCAUUAAGACUCAGUGUGCCACAGCCUUUACAGAGACAUGAAGCCCUCAGUCAAUAAGGCUCUAUAAGCCUAGCUCUACACCCAAAGUUCCUGUCUCCGAGUGUCUGUGUUAGUUAAUCCAGCACAUGGAGCUGUAGUAGAAUCCAUCCCCCUCAAUCUUCCCUCAGGUUUAUGUGUUUACUGGGGGGUCGUAACUCUGUCCAAACAGGCUGCAGGACUGGCUGGCCUUGUAACUCAACCCAACACUCCCAUGCAAAGCUUUUCACACCUUUGAGUCAACCGGUCCAAUGGGUCUUCAAGGGAUGGGAACAGCCCACGCUGUGUCCCAGCAGACCAACUGAGCACACAUAGUAAUACACACGCACACACACACACACGUGCGUGACACACACACAUACACAUCGGCGCAAAUACACACGCACGUGCGAGGCACACAUUCACACACAUGCUCCAAGAUACAUACUCACACUCCAUCCUCACCUUUCACUGGCCCAUUCAACUGACCAAACACAAGAGCUCAUGUGUCCCCUCAGCACCCCCCCCCCAGUCACCCAAUAAGCCUGCCAGGGGAAUUCAUGCCUCUGACCCCAGAUGGCUCCAUAAAACAUAAAACUACAGGGGUCAUCACUUUGGCUUUCAGUGUGGACCUAUCAGCACGACACCAAACCUUUCAAACACUUCCAACAAUGUUAUGUGUUUGUGUGUGUCUGUGUGUGUGUGCGUGUGUGUGUGCAUGCAUGCGUGUGCGAAGAAAAUGUUUUCCUCCAAGAUCCUGGGUCCUAAAUAUUACACAGACAAACAUAGUGAAGGAAACAUGCCGUUCUCCAGGGGCAUAGUAUUCGGUCAAUGGAAAUAAUUACAUACGGCUAUAUGAAAUAUGGUGGGAGCCUGUAGCUGGCUGCAUAUGUGGCCCGUAGAGGGGGUCUGGUAUGAGGACAACACACUCAGGCAGGGGGCAGGAAGAGACACUCCACUUCCUCUACCAUACAGCAUGGCAUGCUGGGAACUGGCCCUCGGCUCUUAUGAUGUCCAUGUUCACAUAUUCAUCAAGUCCCGCUCCGAAAACAUGGCUGUCAAGGGUUAGAGGGAUAGAGGGUUCAGAGGGCACAGCCAAAUCCAAUAACAACAACACACUGCUUUCUCCUGUCUGUGUCCUUCCUUUCUCUCCUCCCUCUGUUUGGUCCUUUCUUUAUGGUCCUUCUGUGUUCCGGACUUUCUCUUCAACUCUUUAAGAAAGGAAAUUUCCACUGUAGUAGUGAUGUAAUAGUGAUAAAAUACUAAAAGGUAAUUUGCUGUAAUGUGUGUGUAUGUGUGAGAGUGUAUAUGUCCACAGUAGCUACAUGUGUGUGUUUUGCUAGUGUUUAAUAAUUUAGAUAGAGGUAAGGAGAUGUAUUUACAGUCAAACACACACUAAAGCAGUCUCCCAGUGGGGUCCCAUUUAUUAGACACACAAGCCCACUCCUCCUAAGACCAGCCUCAGUCAACACACCCUACCACUCAUAUCCCCCAAUAAUGACCGGAAAGUAGUCUAUUACACAAACAGAGCUUCUGUGCCACAUAUGCCGCAACUUUGUAUCAGAUUGUUGUUUGUUCCAUUCAUUUACUCAGUCAUGUAUUCAUUCAUCAAAGUGUUUGUUGAAAAUGUUUAAUGAUUGACUGGUAAUCUUUUCCCAUCGCAUGUGCCAUCAUUAUUCAUCUCCUGUGUUUGUGUCUCUUCUAUUCUCUUCUCUUGUAGUCUUCACUGGUAAGUUAUCAUCAUUAUGUCAUCCUAUUUAUAUGUGAUUUGAGUGGUUUAUUCUAUUAUUCUAUUUCAAUGCUUGCAACGUUUUUCAUGGUUUGUCCUGUUAACCGAGACCCAUCUCUCCAACCCUGCAGUGCCCCCAGCGUUUGCCAUGCGCCCCAGAAACCAGGUGGUGGCAGUGGGGAGAAUGGUCACCUUCCAGUGUGAGGCCACUGGAAACCCCCAGCCUGCUAUCUUCUGGCAGAGGGAGGGCAGCAAUGUGAGAUACUAUCUAGUCCAUCUAAGUUAUCAAUGUUGAUGCAUAGAGUUUAAGUUAUUGAUCUGUAUCCUAGUGUAUGAUAUUGAUAACACCAUGUCCAGUGGAUGUCUCAAGCAUAGACAUGUAAUUCCAGUCUCAUGACCCCUCUGGCUCUUUCUCUCUGUCCUCCAGAGCCUGCUGUUCUCCUACCAGCCCCCGCAGCCCUUCAGCCGUCUCUCUGUGUCCCAGACUGGCAGUCUGACCAUCGCAGAUGCCCAGCGCUCUGACGCCGGCUACUACAGCUGUCAGGCCCUCAACAUCGCUGGCUCCGUCAUCACCAAGGCCCUGCUGGAGGUCACUGACAGUGAGUGAGGGAGGGAGGGAAGGAGGGAGGGGAGAAGGGUUUCCUCUAAUCAACUGACCAAAGCUCCUCCAUUGUGUAAGUUGACUCCACUGGCCUGGUUGGCUGAGUUGUCUCCACACGAUGCAGAAUCUGUGGCCUCCAAUGUCAUGACUAAAAAAGCACUGCUGUGUAGCUGAAUAGCUACUUGCUGCUUUGCUGACUGGAUGUAUGGCAGAUCAGCCUCUCCUGUAGACUGCCGAGACGCUGUGUCCUUUAUGGUUCAGUGUUUCUUACUGUUUACAGUGAAUUCAGGAACCCUGUUCCCAUGGUGACACAGUGCAGGCAGACUGCCCAUCCCCUCCUUCCCAACUGAACCCUCCUGCAAAACCCCCACAUACUCACAUUUUCACACACACACACACACACACACACACACACACACACAUUUAAACACAGACACCUUUCGUUCUCCUCCCUAAUGUCAUGCUGGUGAACCAAAUUAUGAUCAUCCUGAUAAUUGCAUCAGUUAUUAAAAACAGAAUUAAAAUGGUGAGUCUGGCUCAAAGGCCUACAGCUGUAAUUACAGCAGCCAUCACCACCAGCAAAGUCUACUUAGUUAUAAUAAACUGACUUGAGUGUGAGCAUGCGUGCGCAUAUGUGUGUGUGUGUGUGUCUUCACUAUGUACAUAUAUUACGUUAAUUCACAUAAUUGCCUGAGGCUGGUACAGGCGGCAGGCAUUGUCUGUGCAUGGAGGUGACUUCAGCAGUGGUAGCUAUUGGUUCUGGGUAAUCAUAUGGUGAUGAUAAUGCGUUCUGCAGCCGCCAUCGUGCCGCACCGGAGAAAUAAGAGUCACCGACUUAAUGUACACUCAAUUACACUUAAUGGAAAUGAAACAAGAAUGUAGCAUGUUUAAUUUAAUCUAAGUAGCACUCCUCGCUCUACUACCCCAUAUUUUUCCUUCAAGUGAAUAGGCCUAUCCGUCUCUCCCAUCUCCCUUCCCCCACCUCUCUCCUCUCCCCUCCUCCCUCCCUGUUUGCGAGGUGUAUUUGUAUGGAAAUAACUUGCUGCCAUUACCUCUGGCGGUUUUCAAGGUGUUUCUAUUAUUUUUCCCUGUGCCUCUGAUUUUGGAGAGCCUUUUCCCCCCUAUUUCCACAAGGUUGUGAAGUGGGAGAGUGAUGCCUGCACGACUGCUAUCUAAAUGGGAUUUGUUAUUAGUUGGUCUGUGUUGCUCUGGCUAUAGCCAGCACCUACUGCUCCUGCUACUUCCCAGUGAUUAGCCAGUUGCUCUGGGCAUUGGGAUAAUCUGAUUUCUAUUCCCUCCACUGCCCCAACCUGUCACUCCUAUUGUGUUCUCCUUGUAUCAAUUUCCCUCAGUAUCUGUCCUUGAUUUUCUCUGUCUUUCCCCCCUCCAUUCUCUUCUAUCAUUUUUUUCUUUAUCUCUCUAUCUGAAGGGGUGAUAGAGAUAACUAUUACUCUCACAGUAUAUAUUAAACAGUACAUUCUCCCUCUCUCUUUUGAAUAGUGGUGUCGGACCGCCCCCCUCCUGUGAUCCGACAGGGCCCGUCCAAUCAUACGGUACCUGUGGACAGCACAGUGGUCCUGGGUUGCCAAGCAACAGGGACCCCCACUCCAACAGUCCACUGGAAGAAAGACGGGGUGGUGGUGUCCCCCGAGGAGGCCCGCAUCACCCAGAUAGACACAGGAGCCCUGCAGAUCCGCUACGCUAAGGUAGGGGGCAGCGUAACACCACCACCAACAUACACUCACAGACCACUACUCAGACACCACCGAAUGAACCCACUCUUACACUGUCUCUGUGUCUCUGCUCCUCAGCUUGGAGAUACAGGCAUCUACACAUGCGUGGCGUCCAGCCCCAGUGGAGAGGCAUCCUGGAGGGCUUACCUGGAGGUGGAAGGUAGGUUAUGGACAUCAUAUUGAUAUUUUCAGCCUUAUCUUUCUCUCUCUGGAGUCAUUCUUGCUGUGUGUGAUUGGUAUUUAUUUGAUUGUUUGAUGGCCACUCUGACCUCUCUGUUGUGUGUGGUAGAGUUUGGAGUAGUUGUCCAGCCAGGUCGACCCACAGACCCUAACCUGAUCCCCAGUGGCCCGUCCAAGCCUGACGUGACUGACGUGAGCCGCACCUCUGUCACUCUGUCCUGGAAAUCCAACUCAAACGCUGGGGCCACGCCCACCUCCUAUGUCAUCGAGGCAUUCAGGUAAGUCUAGGAAAUCCAACCCAAACGCUGGGGCCACGCCCACCUCCUAUGUCAUCGAGGCAUUCAGGUAAGUCUAGGAAAUCAAACCCAAACGCUGGGGCCACGCCCACCUCCUAUGUCAUCGAGGCAUUCAGGUAAGUCUAGGAAAUCAAACCCAACGCUGGGGCCACGCCCACCUCCUAUGGCAUCGAGGCAUUCAGGUAAGUCUAGGAAAUCAAACCCAAACACUGGGGCCACGCCCACCUCCUAUGUCAUCGAGGCAUUCAGGUAAGUCUAGGAGGGCCGAGAUGUGUGUCUAUUAUGUGUGUUCAGGGCUGUAUCUAUAUGCAUGCGCUGUGUAUGCACUCAUUUUUAAGACCUUGACUGUUGUGAGUGAUUAACCAUUGUUCCUCCAUAUGUGCAGUCACGCGUCGGGGAGUAGCUGGGUGACUCUGGCUGACCACGUGAAGAUGGAGACCUUUGUCCUGAAGAACCUCAAGCCAGGUGCAGUAUACCUGUUUCUGGUGAGAGCAGCCAACGCCUAUGGCCUCAGUGACCCCAGCCCCAUCACUGAUGCAGUCAGGACACAAGGUGAGACAACCCUCUCCCCUACAAGCUUUACCUGAUGAUUGAGUCACAUUUAGCUGAUGUCAGAGACACUGAGACUUAAUGGUCCUCAUAUUGUAACCAGCUGGCUUGGCUGGGGAAAAGUGAGUGCCUGAGUGAGCUAACAUGGCCAUUCUGUUUUAACCCCUUCCUCUCUAUGUGUCCCCAUGCAGACACCCCUCCCACCAGCCAGGGGGUAGACCACCGUCAGAUCCAGAGGGAGCUGGGGGAUGUGGUGGUCCAUCUCCACAACCCCACUAUCCUCUCUUCCUCCUCCGUCAGGGUGCAGUGGACGGUGAGUAGACCCCUGACCCUCAGCCUAACUAGGCUUGGGCCGUCUGCAGAUACUGUCCUUCCUGAGGAGAAGUUACCCUAGUGUCUGUCUGUGUCAGCUGAUUUUGAAUGACUGCACCCAGUUUCUUACACUGCUUGGUCUGUUGGUCUCCCUACACCCUUCUGUGGUUGCAUGGCUAUAACUGAUAUUCACAAUAGGCUAUACAAAUAUAAUUUUAUUGAUUGAGAAAUAAUGUACUUCAGAACAUAUAGUUGAGGCAUAGAGCAUAGACUGUACUUUAUAGCCAGCUGUGUAGAGCUGUGGGUAGGAUGCAGGGGUUGAAACCUAAAUUAUUUUCCAAUGGUUUCAUUCUGAAGAGAACUGUGAUUUGUUUCGUUCCGUUCCAAUGUUCCGACCAGCAAAGUAAAGUUCUGAACCGGUUCGAACCCAAAAAAUAGUGAAGGUUUAUAUUGUUCCUUUCUGUUCCUUUCUGUUCCUUUUAUUUUAUUUUACAUGUCUUACCUUUUUGGCCUUAAUAAAUACAAUUUCAAACGUGAUAACUAUAGUAUCCUUAAGUAGCAUUGAAAAAGUUAAUCCAUUCUUCUCUAAUUAAAAAUCUCUCUCCCUCAUUUCUGAAUCACGCUUGUAACAUCAGUAGGCUACAGUAGCCUAUGCUUCGGAGGGGGAGGGGCAGGUAGCCUACACACGUACACACACCGGUAAAGAUUUUCAGCUGGCAGGCAGACACUGGAAUAUAUUUCUGAGUGACAGAGUGAGGGCUUUGCAUAGGCACUUUGUUGCGUUUUUUGUGGGACUUGAAAAAAAAUCCCAGAACGUAAAAGAACGUUACUAACCGGUUCCCAUGCUUUUAAAAUAACGGUUCUGUUCCGGAAAAGUAUAGAUCACUUUCGUUCCCGGUUCUGAUUCUGUUCCUCCAAAAAUGUAGUUAUUUUUCGGUUUUCUGUUCUGUUCCCUGAACCCGUUCCAACCUCUGGUAGGAUAUGGACCAAUGGCCUAAUCAAGACCGCCUGAUUUUCACAAUAGACUAUACAAAUAUAAUUUGAUUGAUUGAGAAAUAAUGUACUUCAGAACAUAUAGUUGAGUCUGUAGGCAUAUAGCAUACUGUGCUGUAUAGCCAGCUGUGUGGAGCUGUGGGUAGGAUGUGGACCAAUGGCCUAAUCAAGACCACCUGUGCUGACAAAGUGAGUUUUGAUCCUGGUCUAUGAAAGAGGACUUGUAGAUGUUGUGAGGUGUUUCUCCCUCUCAGUGAUGAAUGAGCAAAUGUCAGGGGUGCAGUACUAAACAGACACAGAAUGUAAAUAGUUUAGCUGAGCAGGACCAAAGCCAGGCAGCCAGGGAGAAGGCUUCCCCAUGGCCAGUGUCUGUGGAACUUGGCUGCCUGGAGAGUUUUGACUUUCAGCACACUUGGACAGAAAAUUAUUAAUAGGGCCAGUGGACAGUACAAAUUAACAUGAUCCCCUUUAAAAUGGGCAAGAACACUUUGUUAUGGGCCAUUUCCAAGUAAAAAGUAUUGGGCCCAGUCAUUCAUAAAGUGCUUAUGAAGUCUUAGCUUCCUUAGCCAUGUCUACGAUACCUAGCUCUGAGGCCUAUGUUUCUGAGCGUGCUGUUAGCAGUGCCCUCCUGGCAGUGUCCUAACCAGUCCCAGGCUCUCAGGAAACUGGUGGCUGGUGAUGACCUCAUGCUGUGGUUUCUCUGAGCUCUGCGAGACGAGAGGGGGUGUAACCUAAGCUCUCCCCAUGGGCUCUGGCAGCAACAUAGCACAGAGCUAAAGACCUCUCCUGGAGGAUGUUCACUAUAUUGUUACUAGCCCAACACACACAGCAUGAGAGUUAUGGACUUAUAAUUUAUACUGGUUAUGUAUGUGAUGUUUUUCUUCAUGUGACACACUGGCCCAACCUCUGAGAUCACUGUACCAUUUCCUGAUGUUGUAAUGGCUCUUUGACACUUGCAUCAUAGAUCCCAGGGCUUACUAUGAAAUCGGUUUGGUUGGAACUACAAUACUAAAUAUCAACGGCCAUGGCAACCAAAAUGUAAUAGCAAUUUCAUUUACAGUAGGGUUCCUUUUUCUUGCGUUAGAAUGUGUUCCAAAGUUCAAAGUGAGAACACAUGGUCAUAACACUGCUUAUAAAAUGUUGUUGUAUUUUAGAAGCCUUCUAAGAAAUUCUAAAAUCUGUUCCCCUUUUCUGUCACUAGGUGGAGCAGCAGUCUCCGUACAUCCAAGGUUACAAGGUGAUGUACAGGGCGUCUGCUGAGCUGGGCCAGCCGGGGGGACAGUGGAGCGAGUUUGAAGUGCGGAACCCUGGAGAGGACGGUGCUGUGGUGCCUCAGCUGAAGAAGGGGGUCACCUACGAGUUCAAAGUGCGUCCCUUCUUCGAUGAAUUCCAGGGAGCGGACAGCGAGGUGAAGGUGGCCAGGACGCCUGAGGAAGGUGAGAGGCUGGGGCCAGGGGUCAAGGGCUUCUGUUAGAGAGGGUAAUGAUGGGAAGUGUGGGUGGAGAUGAAAGGUUUCAUACAGCAGGUAUAGUAUUAGAAUGGAGUAGGUGGUUUUGUGAGAGUUUUAGUAGUCCAGGGAAGUGGUUGACAAAUCAACCUUUCACGUGUAGAAAUAAAUGAAUUUGAUUUUUGAGAAACCAUAACACAACCCGGUAACAUAUUAUUUGAAUAGUCCAUCUGUAGAUACUCUACAGACUAUCUACAGACAAUCAGUAACAUUUCAACUAUCUACUAAACCUAGCUCUAACCCUAACCCUAACCUUAACCCUUAUCCACAAGAGGUUGUUGGCACCUUAAUUGGGGACGACGGGCUAGUGGUAAUGGCUGGAGUGGAAUAGGUGGAAUGUAUCCAAUACAUCAAACACAUAGUUUCCAUGUGUUUGAUGCCAUUUCAUUUACUCCGUUCCACCCAUUAUUAUGAGCCGUCCUCCCCUCAGCAGCCUCCACUGCCCUUAUCCUAACCCUAAACUUAACCAUUACCCUUAACCCUAACCUUAACCAUUACUCUAACCCUUAUUCUAAAACUAACCGUAACCUUAGCAAGCAGUUGCUUACCAACAGAUAGUUUGUUGAUGGUCAUUCUAUCAACAGAGCAUCUACCAAUGGAAAAUCCGGACUUUCCAAAUAAAGUGUGCUAAUUGUUCCGGAGAUAUAUGGGUGUUACUGUAUGGUUGUAGCAUAGUAAUCAACAUUGGUGAGGUUUGGGAGUUUCACAUUGUUUAAAGCUUAUAUGUGUCUGUAUUCUGUAUAGAUGAAUGCGUAGUAGCAGCUGUGCAGACAAAUUGCGCUGCUAAUUGUUUUCUGAGUUCAUACGUAGAGCCCCAUCCAGCCCGAGACAACAGACAUGCCUGCUUUCAUUAUCUUUAACUAGGCGAUGACUAAGCUCCUGAGGCCAACGCACUACUGAUUCACUUGAAUUGCUCUCAUCAGGUGACUCGCACCACCACCACCGUGGCACAGCACACAAAGCCUCCAGACAUUUCUAGAGCUUCAGCAACUUACCAUUCAACACAACAUCAGCUCAGUCAAUUCCUGUAUUAUAUUGAUGACAAACUAGCCACCUCGACCUUUGGCUUCGUGUGGGUUUCAAACCCUUAGGCAGAUAAUUGCAAGAGGAUGCAGUGGGCUGAGCUAGAUAAAUAGAUAUGUGGUACAUUCAGUGCCCCAGCUUGUCAGAGAAAACAUUGUGUUACACAUUUUAAAAAAUCUGCUCACCUUACAAAUACUAACAAUUAUCACAACAUCCAUACAAAGUACCCACUGGGCAAAAACUGGUUGAAUCAAUGUUGUUUCCACGUCAUUUCAACCAAUCAAAUAAAUGUGUUAACGUUGAAUCAAUGUGGAAAACUGAUUAGAUUUGCCAAAAGUCAUCAACAUAAGGGCAUUUCAUAUUUUUUUUACCCAACCUUUAAGCUAAAUCCAAUGACAUGGUGAAAUGUUUUGUUGAUUUUACAUUGAAUUCACAUUAGUUGACAACUCAACCAAAUGUAAAUCAAAACUAGGAGCUGAACUGACGUCUGUGGCCAGUGGGUAUUCACUCUAGUUCCAUACCCUUACAAUUUAAAACAUUCUACAAUAUUAACCUCUAUUUAUUCCACAUGCUGUUCAUUAGCUCUUUAUGAUCAUUCUGUUCAGUAACAUUACUCUUAUUUAGAGCUUGCAUCGCGUAUUGUAUUGAGAAUCAUCUGACUACUGCAGGUGAAGCUGUUGCAUCUGAUCUGAAUUGUCACUAAAUGUUCUUUCAUGUUCAGUAAGAGACAUGGCAGACGCUGAGCGGAGCUGUGACAUGUACAGGAUCAAUUGAGAGUGGGUGUCUUUGAUGUCAUUAUGAUGUCUGUGCAUCUGUCUGACGGUGUGUUCCCGUCUCAGCCCCCAGUGGAGCCCCCCGGGGCGUUACCGUGACGAAGAGUGAUGCCAAUGGGACCGCCAUCCUGGUCGCCUGGCAACCGCCUCCCGAGGAGGAACAGAACGGAAUGGUACAGGAGUACAAGGUAAGACGGAGAGAUGGUUUGAUUUUCUACUGAAGGAAAAAGGGGAACAAACAGAGAUAGGUAUGGAGCAGAAUCUCAAGCCUCCCACUUUCUCCCUCUCACUUCCUUGGGUUCAUGUGUUUUUAGUUGCUUCAGCAGAGGUGGACUAAGCACAUUGAUGUGAGACAUUGCCAACUACUGGGCUAAUGUUGAUAUGUCACAUCAAAUACAGUUUUUGCAUUUACUGAGAAAAAAAAGGCCCACUGACUCCACCAUCACUCUCCUUCUUUCACCCUCUCCUCUACAGAUCUGGUGCCUGGGCAACGAGAGUCGUUACCACGUAAACCGGACAGUAGAUGGCUACACCUUCUCCGUGCUGAUCCCCAGCCUGGCGCCAGGGAUACGCUACAGCGUGGAGGUCGCUGCUAGCAACGGCGCUGGCCCAGGGGUCAAGAGUGACGUCACCUUCUUUCAACUUGGUGAGCUGCUCAACUGUAGUUAACACCUGAUAGUCUCCCCUAAGUUUAGGGCAUCUAAAAAUAUAUUAAGAAUGUUAUCUGAUCUCAGAACCAGGAAACGGAGAGGUGAAUUAACAGUGUUAAUCCAUUAUCUAUGUCUCUGUUGACUCACAACCUUGAGGUCAAUACCAGUUCAAUCGCUACCUGUCUAAUGUCUUUUCAGUUAUAGCCAUGUGAUAGAUGGUCUGUGUGAUUUGCAUACUGUGUCAGUUCUCACCAUGACAAAUGUACAGUACAGGGUGUCUAUCUAAAGUCCCAACAUUAAUAUGUCUCUGAGUCAGCUCACAAUGCCUUUAGUUAGGUAUCAUAAUCAUAAAAAAAUCAUUUGUGUUUAGCCUCUCCUGCCCUAUUCUCAGGUUCGCUAUAUGUGACAAAAAGCACACACACCACUGACAUUUUCAACUCGAUUUUCCUGCCUUUUCACAUUACCCAUAUCAAGCUUUUAGAGUUACAUCAUGGAGUCCAUUCACUCCAGUUCACCUCUUGGCCUAGCACUCUGAUGAGCAGAGAAUGAGAACAUUCUCCAUGACAGAUUGUGUGACCAGAUGUAUUUAGAGAUAUCUCCUUUCAGCGGACUCUCCUGUCUCCUCUCUGUAAUGUUGUUUUCCAUCUCAGACUCCUGCCCUUCAGUUGAACUUGAAUGUUUUGAAGGACUGAUGUUUGUCCUUCAGGAUCCGCCUCAAUUCUUCCCGGUCAAUUUUCUAUGAUGGAGUAUACUAUAUGUAUGUCCUAUGUGUCAAUCUCCUCUCCUCCUCUUCCUCCCACUCUCCCCCAGACUCUACAGGUCAGAUGUUAGACAGUCGUGAGGACCAGGACACGCUGUCUCAGAUCUCAAACGUGGUCAAGCAGCCAGCGUUCAUUGCAGGCAUUGGCGCUACCUGCUGGGUGGUCCUCAUGGUGUUCAGUGUGUGGCUUUACCGCCACCGCAAGAAGAGGAGUGGCCUCAGCAGCAGCUACGCCGGCAUACGCAAAGGUCCGUAGAGGAUGUGGGAUUGGGUGUAUAUAUCGGUCGACAUGUUUAACUAUACUUGUGGGGACAUUUGACCAACUGGGGACAUGUUGUUAGUUUAGGGUUAGGCUUAGGGCUAGGGGUUAGGGAAAAUAGGAUUUUUAAUGGAAAUCAAUUGUGUCCCCACAAGGUUAGUUAAACAAGACUGUGUGUGUGCGUGCGUGUGUGUGGGUGGGUGUACAGUGGCUUGCGAAAGUAUUCACCCCCCUUGGCAUUUUUCCUAUUUUGUUGCCUUACAACCUGGAAUUAAAAUUGAUUUUUUGGGGGUUUGUAUCAUUUGAUUUACACAACAUGCCUACCACUUUGAAGAUGCAAAAUAUUUUUUUGUGUGAUUCAAACAAGAAAUAAGACAAAAAAACAGAAAACUGCAUAACUAUUCACCCCCCCAAAGUCAAUACUUUGUAGAGCCACCUUUAGCAGCAAUUACAGCUGCAAGUCUCUUGGGUUAUGUCUCUAUAAGCUUGGCACAUCUAGCCAAUGGGAUUUUUGCCCAUUCUUCAAGGCAAAACUGCUCCAGCUCCUUCAAGUUGGAUGGGUUCCGCUGGUGUACAGCAAUCUUUAAGUCAUACCACAGAUUCUCAAUUGGAUUGAGGUCUGGGCUUUGACUAGGCUAUUCCAAGACAUUGAAAUGUUUCCCCUUAAAUCACUCGUGUUGCUUUAGCAGUAUGCUAAGGGUCAUUGUCCUGCUGGAAGGUGAAUACUUUUGCAAGGCACUGUAUGGGUGACUGUGUGUGUUACUGAGAACUUUUUAUUGGAUAUCAGUGUCUUUGUGUUUACAGUAUUAUACUGCAGUAAGUAGAGUAUCAAAGGUUGAUCACACCCAGCUAAUAUUUAGUUUUGUAGAGAUUGGAGGGAGAUGAGAAAGAGACUGGGAUGAUGAUAAUGAUUAGAUGUCGGGAGGUGGAUGGAGGGAGGGAGGACAUUAGGUUGGAUUUUGUUGUGGUCAUUUAGCUGAACACUGGCAACCUAAGCCCUCUGAGUUAGAGACGGGACACUGUCCUCUGUUUCACCAGAGUAAUUGCAUUUAUUCACUUCAAUCACAUUAAGGUGUGUUUUUCUCCUGUAGCCUAUAAUGUGACUUGCCUAGUGUCAGCUGCUUUUAUCCUCAAAGUAAGGAGCCUGAUAACCACAUAUCAUAUGGAGAAAUGAAAUAAAACGGGUUUGGUCUAAUCUUCUCCCCUGACUCGAAGACCUCAAAGGGUAGUGACGAUGAGCUGGCACAUCCCAGAAUACGCUGACAUUCAAACGCUGACAUUUAGGGCUCAUUUCCAGGGCGCUGCCCGCCGCCUCUCCCCAUUGAGGCACAGUUAGAGUAGGGACAGGCCUGUCACCCAGGUAAUAUGACACGUGUUCUGCAAUCUCUGUUAUCUCUCUCCGUCUGACCCCAGGUGACCUCCAUUACCCACAAGGCCACUUGUUCCUGAGACCACAGCGGUGGUGAUUGAUGCAGGACAGGGAGCCUCAUCUGACUGUGUGUGUGUGUGUGUUUGAGUGUGCGUGCAUGCGUCAAUAUGUCUGAUGGUUUUUUGUGGGGCUUUUUUCACAGGCUUACGAAAUGAACCUUCUUCUCUCUUUCUCUCCCAUCUCCUUUUUUUCUUAUUCCCUCUGUUUGUGUUGGGUUUGUUCCUGCAGUUCCAUCAUUCACCUUCACUCCUACAGGUAUGUAUGAAUGAAUGUGUUCAGCUGUAAACAUGUAUUUGUUAUUUACCAGUAUGUGUACUGACAUUGAAGCCCCUGUGAUUCAGAGAUGCCUGUACACAAACACAGUUCUCUCCUCAGUUCCUCCCAGCACUCACGGACAAUCUGUUCCCAUACACAAACAGCUAAUGGAGCCAGUAUUUAUCUUUGGUGGCCUCACAUCCACAAACCAAUAAUACAAAAUACAAAAUCUCACAGAGGGAGGUCGGUUCAGGGCUACACAAAGUGAUGUUCUGACAUAAGGUGAAUCAGGUGACAGACAGCUCCUAAAGAGGUCAUUAGCCCCUCCUUGUCCCAGCUUCUUAGACCAGGCAUAGACAACGACACAACAUGGCCACCAGUUGGCCUGUCCUGUCGUUGUGGUGAAGACAGUUCAGAGUGCUGUUGUGUCACUAUGCUUUGUGACAAGGUAGAGAUGCAGUUAGUACCCCCAACAUACAGAGCAUAACCACAGUCCCAUAUUCCCACUUGUCCUUCACACAGUGACUGUAGUAGUAAAGUGUAUCUAAUCAUAUGGUUGAAGUGACUCACCCUCCAGUGAAGAGGAUGUAUCUGAACUGAAGGGGGAUCAGUCAUUGUUUUACACUCUCACACUGAUUUUGUUUUUCUACAUAGUGUGGGUUGCCUGUGUGUUGAUGUGUGUUUGUUUGUGUGAGUGUGUGCGUGAGUACGUGUGUGUGUGAGUGUGUGUGCCGAGUAUGACUCAUGACAGGAUGUGUCUAUCAGAUGCAAUGAGUCAGACUGACCUAAGGACAGCUGUAUGAAUACAGAGUGACAGACAGGUCCCACCAUCCUGGAUUCCCUCGCUCAUUUGUCAUGCAGGUUGCUUUCUUGUGUUUCUCACAUUUGUUCCCUUUCUUUAAAUCAGUGAACUAUCAGAGAGGAGGAGAGUCUGUCUGCAGUGCUGGGAGGUAAGGGGCAUCAUCCCAAUGUGUGGUUUUAUGUGUACACUUUACUGGAUAUGAUUUCCCCACUGUCUAUAUAGUGCACUGAUUAUGGUGUUCAGUAAUGCAGGAGGGAAGUGGUAAAAGCAACAACUGUGUAUUCACUACUUGAACCACCAGAGGGAGGUCUCCCCCUGUCUGAUAAAUGACAGAGGACAGAAACUCCCAUGCCCAUCCCUGACUGAAAUCCUGUUUACUUGACUUGGAGUAAAAGGUUGUUCUGUGUGAUAAUGGUUCUGGUUAUGUUCUUCUGGUUCAGACCCGGGCUGCUGAACAUGGGGGAGAGUGUGAACCAGCCGUGGCUGCCAGACUCCUGGCCCAACACCUGUGCCAACCACAAAGACUGCAGCAUCAACUGCUGCAACACUGGAAAUGGCACCAGCGACAGCAACAUGACCACCUACAGCCGCCCAGGUCAGUACCGUUACAGCUACAGACCUCCUCCGGUGGUGAUAGUGUUCAGGUCCCAGCAAUGGAACUUAUAGUAUAGAGAUAUAAUGCAAAUCAAAUGAGCAAUGAGGGUUAUCAUGGAAAUGAAACAUGGCUUCAACAUGAUAAUUAAUGGUGUUAUGUGACUUCCUGUGUGAAGGGUUAAUGAAUAGGUAAUGUGUCUCUAACCCUAACCCCAUGUGGUCUCCUCUCCUCAGCCGACUGCCUCGCCAACUAUGGCAGCCAGUUGGAGAACCAGCAGGGGGGGGGUCUACUGGGGCCUGAACAGGCUGUGUACAGCGACGUGGACCUCUCCAACAAACUCAACGAGCUCAAGACCUUCAACAACCCCAGCCUGUGCUACAUGGGCCCAGGGGCAGGUCCGCCCACCCCCUACGAGCCCACCCCCUACGCCACCACCCAGCUCAUCCAGUCCAGCAUCCUGAACAAGGCUGCAGCAGCUGGGGCCGCGGCUGGGGCCCCUGAUAUACGUUGUUGGAACCAGCCCCCCUCCCAGCUGCAGAAAGCACAUAUGCAGUACAACAUCAUGGAGCAGAGCAACAGGCUUAAUAAAGGUGAGAGGAUUGGACAUAGCGUAGCAGUGGUGGGAGGGAGGGUAUUUGGGAAGUUACUUCUGUUUGAGUUUAUUUGUUUUACUCUGUGUAGUCAACAUAUCUGUUUAACUCUGUCUGUUUCUUUCUCUCUGUAUCUGCUGUGUCUUCAGACCACUAUAGAGGAGAUGGGCCCCUGCAAGGCACCGUCCCGUACAACCAGGCCCACGAACACAGCACAGGAGGCUCCCACCACAGCUCUGACAGGGGCAGCAACAGCACCUCUGGUGAGACACUGAUUACCCGGAUCAUAGCAAUAGGACAAAUAAGUAUAUGUUAUGCAGUAUGUUCUAAGAGUUUUUCUCUAUUGCCUCUGCAGGGAGCCAAAGUCAUAAGAAGGGAACUCGCACUCCCAAACUGCCCAAAACUAACACAGUGAACCGGGGUGAACUUCUGCCCCCUGCCCCUGCCAUCCCCCCACCAAGCCGGAGCUGUGACGAGUAUACCCUGCCCAUGGAAAAAAGCUUUAACCCAGAUGCCCUAUGCCCAAUGCUUCCCUCGCGGAUGUACCUGCAUCCGGAUGAGAUGGAGGAAGAGGAGGCGGAGGAAGGGAUGGAUAGGUGUCCCACCCCCCCUGUCAGAGGGGCAGCCUCAUCCCCUGCGGGUUUGUCCUACAGUCACCAGUCUACGGCCACUCUCACCCCCUCCCCCCAGGGAGACCAGCACAACGGCCUAUACAAUGGAACAGACCACCACAGGUAACUAUGAGCCCAACUCACACUGCAUCUCACUCAUCCCAGCUACAACCAUAAGCCAUUUGUAUUAAUCAAUGCUUUGAUCCUUUCCCUUUUUCCCUUCUUAGACAACACGCGGCCAGCCCCCCUCCUUUUCCGCUCCCCCUCUCCCCUCCACACACCUACGGCUACAUCUCCAGCCCCCUGGCACUGGAUACUGACGGUCAGGAGGAAGAGGAGGAGGAGGAUGAAGAAGAGGCAGGGGAUGAGACGGAUGCAGACAUGGCCCAGGGUCACUACCACCAGCACCAAAAUAACCACCAGCCCCACCAACAACUGCCCCACCACCAGCACCCCCGUUCCCCACGCAGGCUGCAUCUCCGGGGUCUGGAGCAGACGCCGGCCUCCAGCACGGGGGACCUGGAGAGCUCCGUGACGGGCUCCAUGAUUAACGGCUGGGGCUCGGCUUCCGAGGAGGACAAUUGCUCGUCAGGACACUCCAGCGCCGUCAGCUCCUCAGACGGAUCCUUCUUCACAGACGCCGACUUCGCCCAGGCUGUGGCCAACACAGGGGACUACACAGCAGGUCUACGCAUGGCCAGGUUCCCAGAGGACACAGGACCAGCAGGUGAGGAGGAGAGAGGGGGCAGGAAACUGGGUCAGGGGAAAAUAUCAGAAAUAAAAUGCAUAGAUUUGCCUUCUUAGAUAAACUUUAAUGUACUGACUGUUUGUCUGUUUCCUCAGGGAGACGGCACCAGCGUCCCAGCAGCCCCCUGUCCACAGACAGCAACAUGAGCUCUGCAAUGAUGCAGAAGAGACCGCCCAAGAGGCACAAGCAGCACCAGGCCCAGGUUGGCCACCAAGGUCACCAGAAGAGGAACGACUUCACAGACGGUAAGGGACUUGGUCUGAGACAUGGAUCACUGCAUGGAACAGCUCUCACAUUGACUUAUCUAGCUGUACAGUACAUAUGCCUUGGUGAUUGAUGUUCCAAUAAGUCUGAAGUUCCAUUUCUGUGUUCUUCUUUCCUCAGACUCCUGCAUGCCCUUGAAGUCCCCUAGUCACAUGUCGCGGUGUGGCUAUGAGGUGAGGGGUGCCACGCUCCCUAGGAUUGGCUCUGGGGAGAGUCGGGGCCGGAGAGGGAGUGCAGGAGGCCAGAGGACCAGAGAGGGCUCUGUGGAGAGACGGGAGGCCCAGGACAAGAACAGGACUCCAAAGGAAGGCAAGGGUAGCAGCAAAGCCUGUCAAAACCCAGGUACUUACUGCAAUGUAGUCUACUUCCCAUAUGGUUUGUGUAUUGGAACAAAGUACACAUAUGAGCUUCAUAACUUCAUGCUUGUAUGUGGUUCCUACAUGUCAAAAUAAAUCCCCUUGAAAACUAGAUGAUUCAUCUCAAUGGAGUUGAUCCAGUACAAACUAGGUAGAAUGUGUGUAACCAUCCACCAUCUCUCUCUGUCCCAGGUUCUGAGGACAUCCCCCCGUACAGCAGGCCCUCCUUCCCCUCGGUGCAGGGCCAGAGCCAGGCUCAGAGCUCCUCCAGCUCCAUGUCCUCCCGGGGCUCAGGGGGACGGAGGAGAGAUGGGGCCCCCGGGGCCCGUAGGAACCCCACAGACACACUGCCCAGCAUCGCAGGCUUCCAGACCCAGGAAGAGGAGCUAGAGGUGAGAACAAGAUACUCAUAAAAGUGUCCGUUUACUAGUUUCCAUGAGUUGAAAAUCUAGUAUGUCUAUGAUCUUCUUUUUAUGGCCAUUAAUUGAGGGGUUGUAUUAUAAACUUGUGUCUUGAGUCCACAGCUGCUGGAGAGCUGAGGAUCAUGGGAGAAGGAAAGGAAGGGGGAUCUGACAUCACAAUUCAGUGACUAUUAUGUAAAUUACUUUUCAUAUCAUACAGAACAAAAAAACUGAACAAUAUUUAAUAUUUGUUUUUCGUAUUACAAUUUCUAAUUUGAUGUCCAUCUUGCAAGAAAAAAGAAAGUGAGAAAAAAGGUGCAAUGGCGUUUGAGUCUGUUAACUAAAUAAUUUUUUACUUGACUUGUUGGUUGAGAGCUUGCUUCCAUUUGCCUCGAUGAAAGUAGUCACAGCCUCAAUGAAAGUACAUGCACAUUAGAUGGCUGUUGUCAGUGUAUACAGAGACCUUGUCUUGGACCACCUGCUGUGGUAUCACAGACUGGUCUUGGCCUGUCUGUUGCCCCUGUAAUUAAUAUUUGGACAUCACUAUCCAUCUUGUACAUUUUUGUUAAUUUUACUGCCACAAAAAUUGCUACAAUGGGAAUUUUACAUUUGUUUUUAAUGUAUUUUUGUAAUGCACUGUUUUUGUUUUGUUAUUGAUGUUGGUCUUGUCAAUGUGCGUUAUUUGUUCUACUUUGGUUUCAAAAGCACAAUCACUUAACUUUAUUUUAAACUAUUGUUAUCUAUGACCUUCUGUCAUACAAGAGGAACAAUGAUACACACGAUUGGACCAGUGUUAUGUGUCUUAAUAUUCUGUUUCUGUUAGGGGUUGGGAUGGAAGCGAAACUCCCCUGUCUAGUUUAGGUUCAAUUGAAACCACAGUGUUUAUUUGGACUCAAGGGGACACUGCCCAAAGCAGUGAUUGCAUUCAUAGAUUUAUUAUGACCAAACUACUAUGUUAAUCGGACUAUACUCUCAUGUCUAAAAAUGCACUUAUGAGGAAGUGAGAGAGACAGUAGACAAGCUGAGGGAUACAUUGUACCAAUAGAGAAGGGUGAGGAAGCCCCAUUAGUAGGAGUCUCCCCAUUAGUAGGGAAUGUUGAUGGAUCCAUCCUGGAAAAUUGAUUUCUCCAUGCCUGAUGAUGGGUAGCAUUUUCUCCAUGAGCAACCAGCACACAGUGACACAUCCACCAUGGUUUCCCAGCAAGACAGAGGGCAGAGGAAAGUGACAUUAAUACUUACCCUGAAGAAGGACUCUAUUACAGAAAGAGGACAACUGGUGACAAAGACUGGGACUUGAAAAUGCUGCAGCUUGGAGAUGGAACAGCAUGUUGGGUUUAGCUUCGUUUUGGCUACAUCUAGGCCAAGCUUUGGGUACUUUUUUUUGCUUCCUACACAUCUACAGAAUGUGUGAAACAUUGUUCGCUGAGGACACG